AUGUCAUUCGAACAUGCCGGGCUCACCAAGGGCCUGAUGGUCGGGAUUGCCUUGACGUCUAUUGCCGUGGGCAUCUUCGACUUGAAACACUACCUCAACCUCCAGCUAGUGCCCCACAUAUCGAAACAUCACCAGUACUGGCGGCUUCUCUUACACCACCUUGUCUGCGCCAGCUCCAGUGACCUGCUUCUCACAGAACUCCUGCUCUACCAUGCUGGAAUCCCGGUAGAGCGCGCUUUUGGCAGCGUCAAAUAUGCGUCGUUUUUCAUCAUCUCCAUCUUGACCACAAUGCUGCUCUCUUUCCUCGCCAUGCUCGUCGCUCAGCUCAAUCCAAUAACGAGGGUCUUUUUCAACAACGUCCCGCCGGGUCCGAUCGCGAUCAUGUAUGCCGCCCUCUACCAAUACCUGCGGCUCGUCCCGCCUGCAUAUCACUUCCGAAUAUUCGGCUUGCCCAUGAGCGACAAGGUUUGGGUCUACGCCAUCGCUGCCCAGCUCCUCCUCCACCCUUUCCCGCCCAAGCUCCUCCCGGCCGCCGUCGGCCUCUUCGUGGGCUACCUCUACCGCUCCGACUUCCUCCAGCUCAAGGGCUGGCGGAUAUCGCCGAGGGCGACGCGGUUCGCCCAGGCGUGGAUCGCCCCGCUCCUCGGCCUCGGCGAGACCCGCCCGGUGCGGCGGACGAACCGGGCCCUGCCCGAGCCCCGCGCGCAGGGCGGCACCGCCCACGCCCGCCGCGCCGCGCUGGACGAAGACGUGCUGGUGACGACGGCGCGCAACGCGCGGCGGCGCCUCCCGCGCACCGCGAUGCCCCCCGUCGCGGCGGUGGGGAGCGGCGGCGCCGCGGACGACGGCGCCGCGCAGAGCACGGACUCGGGCGACGCGCCGAGCGAGGGCGGGGGCGGGGGCGUGGUCCGGCAGUGGGUGAACGAGCUCACGAGCGGGGCGCGGCCGGGGGGCGCGAACGUCCGCGCGCCGACCGAGGCGGAGAUCGGGACGCUGACGAGCAUGUUCCCGGACGUGCAGCGCGAGGUGCUGCUCGGGGUGCUGCAGAGGAGGUGA